UAACUCUCGUGUUAUUUACAUUAUUUCUAACAUAUGAUAUUUUAAUUUGUUUACCAAUCAAAAUAGUAAUGUAAUCGUUUAAGUUAUUAAUACAGUUUAGUAGAGUGGUUAACAUAAUAUAGUUGGAGAUGAGUGUGUAUAGUAGUGAGGAACUCCUGGAUGCUGGAAUUAUUUAUCGAAAUAAAAAAGAACAACUGGAUGUGACUAUAGGUGAUGGAAUGGAGUUACUUAUACGUGGAGAAAAAAAUAAGAAAAAAAAGCCACCAACGAGCAGUUCGUAUAAUUCGUUUGGAAUGCACCAAAGCAGUACGGACGAGAACUAUUACCUAAAGGAUAAAUAUGAAUAUGACACUAGAAGUACUAAAUCUUACGGAAGUCAUGAGCACGAUCCUUACGACAGUGAGAGCCAUAGAGGAAGUAAAAGGAGCUUACAUAAUGCUGAAGAAAAAAAAGAUCCUAGCAAUGAAGACGUCGAAACCAAUCAAAACAUUUUAGGUGGUCAUGAUGGGAUUGCUGCAGAAGAACUUAAUGGUGAAGAAUACAAAGAACAAGGUCCUGUUGAAAUGGUAGAAGACGUAUUUGAGGAAGAAGAAUAUCCCGAAGACUGUUUUCCGCCGAACUGUUAUAAAAAAUUUCCAUUCCUGGCUGGUGAUGAUGAAACGCCAUUUUGGUUAGGGUGGGGACAGCUCAGACUGAAAACAUUUCAACUUAUAGAAAACAAAUAUUUUGAAACUGCUGUGAUUACUAUGAUUUUGCUUAGCAGUUUGGCGCUGGCGCUAGAAGAUGUACACCUCCAGAAACGGCCGGUUUUACAAGACAUUUUGUAUUACAUGGAUCGAAUAUUCACUGUUAUAUUCUUUUUGGAGAUGUUGAUCAAGUGGUUGGCAUUGGGUUUUCGCAAUUAUUUUACAAAUGCCUGGUGUUGGCUGGACUUCAUAAUUGUUAUGUUGUCAUUAGUUAACUUGGCAGCUAUAUGGUUUGGGGCGGCAGAUAUACCAGCGUUCAGGUCAAUGAGAACUCUUCGGGCCUUAAGACCCCUGAGAGCGGUAUCUCGUUGGGAGGGUAUGAGAGUUUCUCUGAUAAAUUUUGUUGCUGCCUUGUUGGGAGCCAGUGGAAUCCAAGCUUUCAAAACUAUGCGAACUCUAAGAGCUUUGCGGCCACUGCGAGCUAUGGCUAGAAUGCAGGGUAUGAGGGUGGUGGUUAACGCGUUAGUACAGGCCAUUCCUAGUAUUUUCAACGUGUUACUGGUGUGUCUGAUAUUUUGGUUAAUUUUUGCUAUAAUGGGUGUACAACUUUUCGCCGGAAAAUAUUACAAGUGUGUUGAUAAUACUGGGAAAACAUUGAACCACGAAAUUAUACCGGAUAAAAACGUCUGUUUAGCUGAGAACUAUAAAUGGGAAAACUCUAAAAUGAACUUCGAUCACGUGGGAAACGCGUAUCUUUGUCUUUUCCAAGUAGCUACUUUUAAUGGAUGGAUGGAAAUAAUGAGGGACGCAGUAGAUUCAAGAGACACGCACGGGAAACAGCCAAUUCGUGAAAUCAAUAAUUAUAUGUAUUUUUAUUUUGUAUUUUUCAUUAUUUUUGGUUCAUUUUUUACUCUUAAUUUAUUCAUUGGUGUGAUCAUCGACAAUUUCAACGAACAGAAGAAAAAAACAGGUGCUUCUCUUGAAAUGUUUAUGACGGAGGACCAAAAGAAAUAUUACAAUGCUAUGAAAAAAAUGAGUUCCAAAAAACCGCUUAAAGCAAUUCCAAGACCAAGGUGGCGGCCACAAUCUAUUGUCUUCCAAAUCGUAACAGACAAAAAGUUUGACAUGCUAAUCAUGUUGUUCAUCGGAUUAAACAUGUUAACAAUGACACUUGACCAUUACCAACAGACCAAACUUUUUACAGAUGUAUUAGAACGUCUUAACCAAAUAUUUAUCGCCAUAUUUUCAACCGAAUGUCUACUUAAAAUAUUCGCAUUGCGAUAUUAUUAUUUUAAAGAGCCAUGGAACUUAUUUGACUUCGUGGUCGUUAUACUUUCCUUAGCGGGUUUGGUGUUAAGUGAUUUGAUAUCCAAGUAUUUUGUGUCACCAACGCUCCUUCGAGUGGUCAGAGUAGCCAAGGUGGGCCGAGUGUUACGUUUGGUAAAAGGAGCGAAAGGGAUUAGAACUCUAUUGUUCGCUUUAGCCAUGUCACUUCCAGCGUUAUUCAAUAUAUGUUUGUUACUGUUUCUCGUCAUGUUCAUAUUUGCUAUAUUUGGCAUGUCGUUUUUCAUGAACGUAGAUAAUCAUGGAGGUUUGGAUGAGGAUUACAAUUUCCGCACUUUCGGGCAAUCGAUGAUACUUCUUUUCAUGCUUUCUACGUCAUCCGGUUGGGACGCCGUACUGGACGGUAUAACGAACGAGGAAGGUUGUGAUAAGCCAAAUUUAGAAAUGGGUAUCACGGGAAGUUGUGGAAGUAGUGCCGUGGGCACGGCAUUUUUACUCUCGUACCUGGUGAUCAACUUCCUCAUCGUCAUAAACAUGUACAUCGCAGUCAUUCUGGAGAACUAUUCACAGGCUACUGAGGACGUUCAGGAAGGUCUUACGGACGACGAUUACGACAUGUAUUACGAGAUAUGGCAGCAUUUCGACCCCAACGGGACCAGGUAUAUUCGAUACGACCAAUUGUCAGACUUCCUAGACAUUCUAGAACCGCCAUUGAAGAUCCACAAGCCGAACAAGUACAAGAUCGUGUCUAUGGAUAUACCGAUAUGCAAAGGCGACCUAAUCUACUGUGUAGAUAUACUGGACGCGUUGACCAAGGACUUCUUCGCGAGAAAAGGCAAUCCCAUCAUCGAGACCGUGGCCGAGAUCGGAGAGAUGCAAACGCGACCGGAAGAGGCUGGAUACGAGCCCAUAAGCUCAUCUCUGUGGCGUAUGCGUGAGGUUUAUUGCGCAACAAUCAUACAGAGCUCAUGGCGUAAGUACGCAGCGGCCGCCAAACAGCAGACGGCAGACGACGACCGCUCCGAUGGAGCUGCUUCGCCAGACGGUCGUGAAACCGCCGUGUUGGUCGAAAGCGAUGGAUUUGUUACAAAAAACGGUCACAAGGUAGUCAUUCAUUCGAGGUCGUCGUCGAAAAGCUCAAGACUCGCCGAUGUCUAAAACCCGACACGAUAUUCGUCCGUAUUGCGAAAACAAUGUAUUUUGUAUGUUAUUAAUUUAUUAUUAUUAUUAUUAUUAUUGAUAUUAUUUAUAAUAAAUUUAUUACGAUUAUUAUUAUGGCAAAAUUUACGAUUGAGGCUUUAAUAUUGUUAUAUUCUUGAUUUUCACUUAACAUUUUUAACACUCUUAUUAUACUACUAUUGGCCAACUGCUGUGAUAUAAAUAUAUAUAUAAAUAUAAAAAAAUAUUUUAUAAUUUGUAGUGUUUAAGGUUUACACAAGAGCUUAAAUAAUUAUUAAGUGAUAUUAUGCGUUUAUUAAGAUGUUAUUUUUUUCCUAUGCAUAGUGUUUUGUAGCCAGCAAUGAAGUUAAAUUACUUGAACAAAACUUCACGGCUUGUACACCAGGUUAAAAUACUUGUAUUAUUAUUGUUAUUAUUAUGUUUAUUAUUUUUAAAUUUCGUAAUUUUAUUAAUGUAAAGUUUUUAAUAUAAAAUACACGAAUACUAUUAUAUAUUUUCA